AACUUGACUGACAAAUAUAAGUACCAAUCUUAGCUCAAUUUUGUAGUAUACUUUGACCAAUGACUAAGGAGUGGAGAGAAUGUCACUUCCCUUGAGUUGGACUUCGAGCAGGGAUCUGCUGUGCUUUAGCCCAUCAAUGGAGGAAAGAACGUCAUCUGUUUCAUACAUUUAGCUGCCAACAUCAGAUCAGUUAUUCCAUGAUAACUAGCUAGCAAGUAUUUUAUUUUUUAUCUCUCACCCCAUUAUUACCAUAGCGCUGUCUCUUUUUGGUGCCAAACAUGCAUUAAAAAAUACCACAGUCAGUGCCGAGAAAUGUUGAAAGGGGAAUUCGUGUAAGCGCUAGCUAUCUCUUGGUUAUAUAGCUAACGUUAGCUAUCUAGCUUUAAUUCUGGUCAGAUAAGUAGCUAGCUAGUUCAAGAAAUCGAGUUAAACCCCAAAAUUGAUAGACAAGUAAAUCAAUAUUCCCUUGCAACCAGAAGAGAACAUUUCUCCGAAAACGUCUUGUGGCAUAUUUUGGUUAAACUAUCCCCAAUUCAAUGGAAUUGCAACCCUCUGCAUGCACAGUGCAUUCUUCCAUCACGUGCAGUACACUCUUCCAUCACAUGUACAGCCGAUUUCUCAAGAUCUUGAACGCUAAUGAGAUGCUAUUGAGCCCACACUACUACACUGUCUGAGCCAAGGACUACAUGCUUUCUGGUGGUGGCCUAAGCCAUGGGGGCGUUCCUGGACAAGCCCAAGACUGAGAAGCACAACGCCCACGGCGAGGGCAAUGGUCUCCGUUAUGGCUUGAGCAGCAUGCAGGGCUGGCGGGUGGAGAUGGAAGACGCCCACACCGCCACGGUGGGUCUACCCCAGGGCCUGGACAACUGGUCCUUCUUCGCUGUCUACGACGGCCACGCCGGCUCCCGCGUGGCUAACUAUGCCUCUAAACACCUGCUGGGGCACAUCAUAACCCACAGCAUGGGUCCCCCGGGCCCUGAGGGUGUCAGCCCAGCACCUGCACCCGCCGUGGAGAUGGUCAAGAUGGGGAUCCGCACCGGCUUCCUGAAGAUCGAUGAGCACAUGAGGAACUUCUCUGACCUGCGUAACGGCAUGGACCGCAGCGGCUCGACGGCCGUGGCCGUGAUGUUCUCUCCAGAGCACCUGUACUUCAUCAACUGUGGUGAUUCACGGGCCGUGCUCUACCGCAACGCGCAUGUCUGCUUCUCCACGCUGGACCACAAGCCCUGCAACCCACGGGAGAAGGAGAGGAUCCAGAACGCAGGCGGCUCCGUAAUGAUCCAGAGGGUGAAUGGUUCCCUGGCCGUGUCCCGGGCCCUGGGAGACUACGACUACAAGUGUGUGGAUGGGAAGGGUGCCACGGAGCAGCUGGUGUCCCCAGAACCCGAGGUGUUUGAGAUCGAGAGGGCCCAAGAGGAUGAGUUUGUGGUGCUGGCCUGUGACGGUAUCUGGGACGUGAUGACCAACGAGGAGCUGUGUAAGUUUGUCAAGUCCCGUCUGGAGGUGUCCCACGACCUGGAGAAGGUCUGCAACCAGGUGCUGGACACCUGCCUGCACAAGGGAAGUCGGGAUAACAUGAGUGUUGUUUUGGUGUGUUUUCCAAACUGCCCUAAAGUGUCAGAGGAGGCGGUGAAGAAAGAUACAGAGCUGGAUAAGUUUCUGGAGUCUCGCGUGGAAGAGAUCAUAGAGAAGGCAGGAGAGGAGGGUAUUCCUGACCUGGUGACGGUCAUGAGAAACUUGUCCUCAGAGAGCAUCCCCAACCUGCCACCAGGGGGAGGCCUCGCCAGCAAACACAGUGUUAUGGAAGCAGUGUACAAGCGGCUGAACCCACACAGGGAAGUGGACGGGAAUGGAGUAGACCUUGAGGACCCCUGGUAGCAACCCAGCAGAACUGCCUGUUCCCACACCAGGACUCCUUUAUACACAAGACAUCUUUCAUCACUUUCUUUCCCUUUUAUUUUUCCUACGAUACCAAGAGAUCAAUUGGACCAUGAAUGCAGAUUUGAAACUCUCAACACACACAACGCAAAGGAUUACAAACCAUUUUAGAUGUUUUUUAAAGGGGGGAAAAGGACGACUGCAAUGGUAGUAUAAAACAUUUAAACAAAAUAUAUUCUAGAGAAAUUAAGAGCGUUUUUCCCCUUGUUGUUUUUGUGGAUUGAUGAAGAGCCUUAGCCUUAGUUGGGACAUGUACACUCUGUGGUGCCUUUUUCCCCCAACGCUGUUAACUGACCUGGCCCCAGCCCUGCUUCUGGACACAAGGGGCCCUACAGGGGACUACCACUGGGUCAGGGAAUCACUGGCCUGUGUCUGCCUGGCUGGACAUUGCUACUGGGAUCGCAGAUAGACAAACGCAAUGUGCAAACAUGUGGACAGGAGUGUCUGAUUGCAUUACUUAUGUGGAAGGGUUUGGAGACGGACUGCUGGUGCGGGAGGGUUUGGAGACGGACUGCUGGUGCGGGAGGGUUUGGAGACGGACUGCUGGUGCGGGAGGGUUUGGAGACGGACUGCUGGUGCGGGAGGGUUUGGAGACGGACUGCUGGUGCGGGAGGGUUUGGAGACGGACUGCUGGUGCGGGAGGGUUUGGAGACGGACUGCUGGUGCGGGAGGGUUUGGAGACGGACUGCUGGUGCGGGAGGGUUUGGAGACGGACUGCUGGUGCGGGAGGGUUUGGAGACGGACUGCUGGUGCGGGAGGGUUUGGAGACGGACUACUUUUUGCACCCUUUUUUCUUUUCUCUCCAACCAACAAAAAACCCCACAGAGCGACAGCUAAUGUUGAGACACUGCUUCAACCUGCAAGCAUGUCACUUCUCUGUCCAUAAGCUUUCUAGCCUGCUGUUGAUCAAGAAAAAUGGAAAAUGUAUAUAAAAUCUUGAAUAUUUUGAUUUACGUAAACAAAUGUAAUCCAUGGUGUCAGAUGUGGCCUACUGUGUGUAAAUAUGAGGAAGUUGCUGGUCUGGUGUCUUUGUUUCACUCCUAGAGGUCUUGGUUGACACAUGGGGAGAUGUCUGAUAUGAUGUGACGUCUACACCUGGCUAAAGGGAUUCUAACUGCCCACCAAUGCUUCACUACUCAUUUCUACUUGCAUCUUUCUCCUUAUUAAUUUCUUAUUUUCUGUCUUUCCUCAACCUCUCCUUAAAAUACAGAAAGACUUGCAACACCUGGCCUUUUAAUUUCUCUCAGACGAUAUUGUAGUGUUUUAUUUUUAUUUUUUUCAUUUAGCAAAUGUACAUUUCUAGGCAAUGAGUUCACCUUUUUGUAUUUUCAUUUUCAAAUGCUGUGUAAUAUGGUUGUUACCUUCUAUUCUCAAAAUGUCUACAAAUUGGUUGUAUAAAAAAAGUGUUAAAAGGAGAAGUCUAAGGAUGAUUUAGCGUGUCAGUGAGAUUAGAGGGGUGAGGUGGAUCCCUGUCUGGGCUUCUGAUUUAACAAUGAUCUAGUACACAAGCCUUGGCUGCAAUAUGACUUGUAGGUACUUGCAUGUUGUGUGUGGUUGUAUUUUUACAAUAACAUUGGGGGGGGGGGUCAUUACUCCUGGGAAAUGGGUAUGUUUAAGCUAUAGCAGACACUGGGUUAAGGUGGUGGGGGGCUGCUUUGAAUGUAAUUCAACUUCACACUACACUGCUGAGCAGAGUAGGGGCUACAGACUCUUUCCUCCCCCUGGUCAUUUGAUGGCAAAACUUGCCUUGGCAUUCAGUUUUCAUUGUGUUUCAUUGGAAUAUGUAUAGAUUGUCCCACAUGGGAUUAUAUUAAUAAAAUGUUUAUUCUCCCUCAACUUCCUCCCCCGAUCACUACUAACUAUAACGAUUGAAAAAUGAGAAUGAUUCUGAUGUUUUGGGGGCUGGAUUUGAUUUGAGUAAUUUAGUGCCAAUGUCAUUCAUCCUGAUUUUCCUUUUAUGUUUUUUGUAUAUCUACAAGUAUUGAUCUAAAGAAUGAUCUAAUUUCCACAUUUUAUUUAUUCCAGAUUUUAGCCUGUAUUUGAGAAUGGUAUGAGAUUAUGAUGAUGUGUGUAGGCGUGGCAGCCCCACUCCCUCUUCAGGGUCAGCUGAGUGACGAGGGUCGCGACGGGUUCAGGGGUCGAUCCUGAGUUUUCACCAUACCUCCUUGUACUGAUAGUUCCCAGUAUAACAUUGUGAUGUUUCGGACCAUAUCGUGAGAAUAAUCUUCAAUAAAGGAUGGAUACAUUUAAUGUCA